AUGCGCCCGUUACCGUUGGCUGCGGCGCUCGGGCGCGGCAGCUGGUGGCGUUAUGCCGCCGUCGCCGCUGCCAUGACCGGCGCCGUGGUCCUCUACGCCUGGGUCGACCUGCACUUCUCGCUGCCGUGGAACCCGGACCGGCCAACGCUCCCCAGCUUCCCCGCGGCCCCGCUCGCCAACGCCUGCGACGGCAUCGGCAAGACCACGAGCGAGCUCGCCGCGGUCACGGCUGCUCGCGCGCCCAUCCCGAAUAUCGUCCACUACGUGUGGCUGCUCGCGGACCCGGUCGUGUUCUCGCUCGGCUUCACCGUCUUCGUCACCGUCUACUCGUCGCACCUCUUCCUGCGGCCCGACCGCAUCUACAUCCACACCGAUGCGUCCCCCGAGCUGUGGGACCGCGCAAAGACGGCCGGCGACACCUGGACGAAGCGCCAGCAGAUCCGCGGCUGGGACGGCAGGAUCACCCUGCGGUACGUCCUUGCGCAGCAGAGCAACUAUGCCCGCGCCGUGUUCCCGGCCGUUUGGCACGCUGUCCAGGCAGGCGUCAUUCCAGUGGAGGAGGCGUCCUGA